AUGUGGGACCCUGCGCCCAGCACAGGGCCAGGUGCAGAGGGCACGCAGCGGAAAAGGGAUGUGGCCAUGCCACCCCUGAAGGGCUCCGCCCCACAAGCCCCCGGGGGUGGGCCGGAGCCAGGCUCAACUCAAGAGAUCCACCGCCCCACCCUGCGCCUGCCCCAUGAAGCCCCCUGGCCAGCCCAGGGGCCUGUGGAGAACACAGCACUUGGGGGACUUUGCUACCUGGCCCGGAGCCUGGGCCUGGGCCCCGUGGCCUUUGGCCACCUGCAGACCACCUUCGGCCUGCUGCAGCUGCUGGGCGGGCCUGUGUUUGGCAGGUUCGCAGACCAGCGGGGGGCACGGGCCGCCUUCACGCUGUCCUUCCUGGCGACACCCAAGGUGGCCCCCAUGGCCCGGGAGAGUUGGGGGCCCCGGAGGAGCGUGGGUGCCGCCGGUGCGGUGUUCCCGGGCAACCCCGGGCAUUACUGGCCAAGCAGUGGCCAGCGGGGCGGGGUGGACCGCCAGGCCCUGCCCGGGACGGGCCUGGGGGGAGGCGGGAGGCUGGCAGAACCAGCCAGGCAGUGCGGGGUGGGGAGUGGGGCACGGACCCCGUCCCGGGUCUCUGGCCCCCACCGCCCUGACGGCCCCCGGGUGGCAGGCGGGGACGGGCUCCGCGUGCUGGACCUGAAGGCCAUCACCCGCCUGCUGUUGCUGCCGGGAGUACUGCCCGUGUUCCUGGUCAAGGUGGCCUCCGGCUUCCCCUCGGGGCUCUUCAUGGUCAUGUUCUCCGUCAUCUCCAUGGACUUCUUCCAGCUGGGGGCCGCCCAGGCUGGCUACCUCGGGUCCUUCUUCGGGGUGCUCCAGAUGGUGAGUGGGGGGCGGGUCCCUGCACUGGGCCGCCCCAUCACCCGCCCUGGCCCUCCCGCGCGAGAGGGUCUGGCCUUGACAGGACAGGGCUGUGCCAGCGCCCUGAUGUCCAGCGUCAUCCACUUCUGCCUUCUGAUGCCGGGCCUGGUCUUCAGCCUGUGUGCCCUCAGCGUGGUCACCGACAGCAUGCUGACCAAGGCCGUCUCGGCCGCCGACACGGGGACCAUGCUGGGCCUCUGCGCCACGGUGCAGCCGCUGACCCGCACCCUGGGGCCCACCCUGGGCGGCCUCCUGUACCGGAGCUUUGGCGUCUCCGUCUUCGGCCACGUGCAGUUUGCCGUCAACUUCCUGGUGCUCCUGGCCCUCUGGAGGCAGCCUGUGUUCCAGAAGAUGGACAAAGUCCAGUGAUGGCCGCCUCGGGGCACAGACUGGCAAUAAACUCCC